ACCUCAUCGCACGACAGUGCUCUUUAUUUUUCUGUGGAGCAGCUCUGCUUUCUCAGGUCUCUACUUACUUCUAUAAGAUGGCAUCAAGAAGAAGGACCUGACCACUGGCCCCUGACUACAUGGUCUUUGGAACCAGUGGCAUUGGAAGAUGUCAGAGACAUGGCACAUGGAUGUGAUCUUCAAAAACUGUUACAGCCUCAUCUCAUUGGAGAAAAGAGAUAAUAUCUUCUACUUAAUCCUGGAUACUAUAUCCAAAGUCAGAGCAUCCACUCCAAAGCAGAGAAUUUCUGAAAAACAAAACAAUGUCAUUAUAUGAUGUUAGAAUUUUUUUUCAAAUGAUGGUUCCUAAUACUUCACGUUAGAAGAACUCGAAUUUGAUGACCAGUUUGAGAAACACCAGUAUAACCAGAUUACAGGAAAAAGCAAGUCAAAAGGAAGAUCAUGAAGAGAACAACUUUGAGGAACAUUUAAUCAAAGACCAAAGCUUUUUAAACAACUGAGAGUUUGUAUAAGAAAAAGACCUCAUACAGUAGUCCCCAGUUAUUCAUGCGGUAUACAUUCCAAGACCCCCCAGAGAAUGCCUGAAAUCAAUGAUGUACCAAACCCUAACCAGGUUCUUAGUAUGAGCUACUGAAUGAUGAAUAGGUGGGUAGUAUAUACAGUGCAGAUACACUGGACAAAGAAAUGAUUCACAGCUCAGGCAGGACAAAGCAGAUCACACAAGAUUUCAUCACAGUACUCAGAAAACCACACCAUUUAAAAGUUACGAAUUGUUUAUUUCUGGAAUUUUCCAUAUAUUUUUGACCACAAUUGCCCGUGGAUAACUGAAACCAUUGAAAGUGGAACUGUGGAUAACGCAGGACUACUGUAACUAUGACAUCAAUGGUAGGAACCUGAAGCAUAAUUCUGCUGUAGUGGAUUUUUUCAAAAGGCAACUCAUGAAUGAAAAUAAUUUAUUAGAUAUAAGAAAGGAUGCAUUUUUAUCUCAAACUUUACUUAUUUACUUAUUCUGGAAAUAAAUGAAAAGCCAACACCUAUUACAUACCCGCAAAAAUGAAAAAAUAAAUAAAUAUAAAGCCAUAGUUCAGUACUGAUGGAAUCUGAGAAAAUUUAUAUGAGAGUGAACCCAUACCUCUGUACUGAAUGUGGGAAAGGCUACACUUGUAUUGCAUCCCUGACCCAGCAUCAGAAAACACAUAUUGGAGAGAAACCUUAUGAAUGUAAAAUAUGUGAUAAGUCCUUUACCCGGAACACUAAUCUUAUUCAACAUCAAAGAAUACAUACUGGAGAGAAACCUUAUGAAUGCAAUGAAAGUGGGAAAGCUUUUAGUCAGAGCACUAAUCUGAUUCAGCAUCAAAGAGUCCAUACUGGGGAGAAACCUUAUGAGUGUAAUGAAUGUGAAAGAGCCUUUAGUCAUAGGUCAUCCCUUAGAAAUCAUGAGAGAAUCCAUACUGGAGAAAAACCCUAUCCUUGUAAUGAAUGUGGGAAAGCUUUCAGCCAUAUCUCUGCCCUUACUCAACAUCAUAGAAUUCAUACUGGAAAGAAACCAUAUGAAUGUACUGAAUGUGGAAAAACCUUCAGCCGCAGCACACACCUAAUUGAACAUCAGGGAAUUCAUUCUGAGGAAAAAUGCUACCAGUGUAAGGAAUGUCGGAAGGUUUUUUGCCACAGUACAUCACUAAUCCGACAUCAGAGAAUCCACACAGGAGAUAAACCAUAUGAAUGUAAUGAAUGUGGGAAAGCUUUCAGCCAUACCCCAGCCUUCAUUCAACAUCAAAGAAUUCAUACUGGAGAAAAACCCUAUGAGUGUAAUGCAUGUGGAAAGGCCUUCAAUCGGAGUGCACAUCUUACUGAACACCAGAGAAUUCAUACUGGAGAGAAGCCCUAUGUUUGUAAAGAAUGUAGAAAAACCUUCAGUCGAAGGACACACCUUACUGAACAUAUAAAAAUUCAUUCUGGCAUGAAACCCUAUCAAUGUAAUGAAUGUCAGAAACUGUUUUGCUCUAGAACCUCACUAAUUCGACAUCAGAGGAUGCAUAAAGGAGAGAAACCCUACCAGUGUAAUGAAUGUGGGAAAUCCUUCAGCUCAAGCUCAGCUCUGACUAAACAUAAGCAAAUACAUACAAGGGAGAGACCUUAUCAAUGUAAUAAGUGUGGUGAUGUCUUUUGUCAUAGUACAUCCUUAAUUUGA